AUGACUUACGUUACCUGCCUCACUAUCACGUUCUCCCUCACUUUCCUACUGCAAGUCACAACAUGUAAGCCGCUCAAUGGUUGGGACCAGUCAGUCGACGAAGAUGGAUUAGACAAUUACGGCAAUGAAGUCUUUCCAGAGGACGAUUCUGGGUUUGUUUUCAACGCAUUUUUGGAAAGCGUGAAGGACGAGUUCUUCGGGAGUGUGAACUUGUCGGAAAUCCCUUUGCAAGACCCGUUGCAAGAAGAUCCACCACAGUACAUGAUCGAUCUGUACAACAAGUUUGCCACCGACAGAUCGUCCAUGCCCUCUUCAAACAUUGUAAGAAGCUUCAGAAAUGAAGAUACAACAACGGUGCUCGCAGUAGAGGAACGGGGGACGAGGAGGCACAUGCUAGUCUUUAACAUAACCAUCCCUCAGCAUGAAGAGAUCAUUGCGGCCGAGCUGAGACUGUACGCCUUCGUUGACAGAGACAGGAGGGUGCACGAAGGAGUGAACAGGAUAGUCCGUGUUUAUGACAUGGAAGAACCAGGGGAAAACUCGAGUGUGAUUUCUAUGCAGCCUCUGAUGUCACUACUAGUCUCCAAAAAGAUCGAUGGCAAAAACAGCGGAUGGGAAACGUUUGAUGUGACAAAUGCUGUCAAACGGUGGGUCCGAUCCAACAAAACGACCCAUAAGCUUGAAGUUCAUAUUGAGAGUGCCGAGGAGGAGGUUCCGGGGGCGGCGGUGCUACAGAACGAGCUGAGUUCGGAGAACAAGAACGAGCCGUUACUGGUGGUAUUCUCCGACGACCCGAGGCACGGGCAGGGGGACGAGAUGAAGGAAAUGCUGGUGCAUGAACAGGAAGUCGCGCUGGAAGAGCUGGCCGAGAGGUCGGCGGCCCGCGGCCCAAACCCAGACCUGUUCAAACCCCAGGCCAAGCUCUCACGGGACUCCUCGUCACGAACCCGCAGGAGUUCCAAAGGGAACUACUGCAAGCGCUCUCCUCUGCAUGUGGACUUCACCGAGAUCGGCUGGAACUCCUGGAUCAUCGCCCCCAAGAGUUACGAGGCCUACGAGUGCAGAGGGAUCUGCUACAUUCCGCUCAGCGACCACGUCACGCCCACAAACCACGCCAGGAUCCAGACCUUGGUGAACCAUUGGAACCCCGAGAAAGCUUCCAAGGCGUGUUGUGUCCCCACCAAGCUGGAUCCCAUCUCCAUAUUGUACAAGAACAGUGCCGGCGUGACCACCUACAAGUAUAAAUACGAGGGGAUGGUGGUGGCGGAAUGUGGCUGCAGAUAG